AUGCCCAAAAAGGUUUCUAUUGUAGGGAAUGGGAACUGGGGUACCUCAAUUGGCAGGCUUCUUGCAAAUAAUACGAUAGAGAGCAGCAUAUUUGAGAAGGAUGUUAGAAUGUGGGGAUUCAGUGAAGAGUUUGAGGGAAGAGCCUUAAGUGACAUUAUAAACAGAGAUAGAGUCAAUCCAAAAUACUUGCCAGGAAUUCACCUUCCUGAAAACCUGAAAGCUGUUGACGAUAUAUCCACUCUUGCGGAUUCUGAUGUGCUUGUUUUUGCUCUUCCCCACCAAUACAUAAAGGCGAUAGAGCCUCUGAAGGGAUUGGUGAAGAAUAGUUGUAUUGGGGUGUCUCUAACAAAGGGGUUUAUUGAUGCAGAAGAUGGAGAUAUAGAUCUAGUGAGCAGGUCUAUCCAUAGGAUUCUAGAUAUAAAUGUAAGUGUGAUGAUGGGCGCAAACAUUGCAGAUCAAGUUGCGCGAGAUAUUAUAAGUGAGGGGACGCUAGGAUAUACUGAUGAGGAUGCUGCAGAUGUGGUUUACAAGCUCUUCAACAGCUACACAUACCGGGUUACUAAGAUCAAAGAUGUUUAUGGAGUGGAGAUUUCUGGGGCUUUGAAGAAUGUUGUUUCCAUGGCAUAUGGAUUUGCAGAGGGCCUUGGAUAUAGCACAAACACAAAGGUUGCCAUAUUCAGGAAUGGGUUUGCCGAGAUAAGAAAGUUCUUCAAGUUCUUCUACCCGAUGGCAACAACGGAAUCCUUGUUUCAGUCGUCGGGAGUAGGGGAUCUUCUUGUGUCCUGUAUGUCUGGAAGAAACUUUGGGUGUGCAAAGAUUAUGGCAGAAAAAAGGAUGAGUCUGAAGGAGGCGGAGCAAACCAUGCGCUUCACAAAGCUCCAGGGGCCUACCACGGCUCUCAUUGUGUAUAACUACUUGAAAAGACAAAAAAGAAUUGACGAAUUUCCUCUCAUGAGUACAGUUUACAGGAUAUGCUAUGAAGAUGAGGCAUAUGAUGCCAUCUUGGAGUGCAUUUCCUUUGAAUCUAUUGAAAAAUAA